UUCUCCCUCCGGUGUCGCUGUGUGUUUUUUCGGAUUCUGCGUUUUCAUUCGCUCUCAGACCGUCCGUGUUGUGGCUCUGCAACAGUGUCGUCUAUCCUAAUGAGGGAGUUUCGUCCCUCACUGGCACUGGGAGAUGGUGGUGUUAAACAUUUCUGACCAGCCACCUCUGGUCCAGGCCGUAUUUAACCGGAACGCAGAUGAAGUUCAGUUAUAUUUGCACAAGAAAGAUGAAGUCAAUGCACUGGACCAGGAACGACGCACGCCUUUGCACGCGGCCGCUUGGUUGGGAGACGUCCACAUCAUGGAGCUCCUCAUCACGGCAGGUGCGAAUGUUAAUGCAAAAGACCACAUGUGGCUGACUCCGUUACACCGAGCAGCAGCUUCCAGGAACGAAAGAGCAGUGGGGCUGCUGUUGCGAAAAGGGGCCGACGUGACGGCGAGGGAUAAGUUCUGGCAGACGGCGCUGCACAUCGCUUCAGCCAAUCGAGCCAUGCGCUGUACCGAAGCUCUGUUGUCCCACCUCAGCAGCGUGAACAUGGCCGAUCGCACCGGCAGAUCCGCCCUUCACCACGCAGCCCAGAGUGGCUGCCACGAGAUGGUUAAGUUGCUGCUGAACAGAGGGGCCAAUCUGAGUGCCAGCGAUAAGAAGGAGAGGCAGCCCAUCCACUGGGCGGCUUACCUCGGUCAUCUGGAGGUGGUGAAGUUGCUGGUGUGUCAAGGUUCGGAUAAGAGCUCCAAGGACAAGCGAGGAUAUACUCCUCUGCACGCCGCCGCCGCCAGCGGACACGUCGACGUGGUCAAGUACUUGUUGCGCAACGGAGCAGAGAUCGACGAACCCAACGCUUUUGGAAACACUGCUCUACAUGUAGCCUGUUAUAUGGGGCAGGAAGCAGUCGCUAAUGAGCUGGUUAACCGUGGCGCCAACGUUAACCAGCCCAACCAGCGAGGCUUCAGCCCCCUGCACCUGGCUGCCGUGUCCACGAAUGGCGCCCUCUGUCUAGAGCUGCUGGUCAACAAUGGGGCUGACGUCAACAUGCAGAGCAAAGAAGGAAAAAGCCCUCUCCAUAUGGCAGCCAUCCACGGACGCUUCACUCGCUCCCAGAUCCUCAUUCAGAAUGGUGGGGAGAUAGACUGUGUGGACAGAUAUGGCAAUACUCCUCUUCAUGUUGCUGCUAUGUAUGGCCAUGAGCUGCUCAUCAGCACCUUAAUGACAAACGGCGCUGAUACAGCCAGGCAAGGGAUUAAUGGGAUGUUCCCACUGCACUUAGCCGUGCUUUACGGGUUCUCUGACUGUUGUCGCAAGCUGCUCUCCUCAGGUCAGCUGUACAGCAUUGUGCUGUCGAUGAGCAAAGAGCACGUGCUCUCUGCCGGCUUCGACAUCAACACUCCGGACGAGUACGGGAGAACCUGCUUACACGCUGCUGCCUCUGGAGGAAACACUGAAUGUCUGAACCUGCUGUUGAGCAGUGGCGCUGACAUGAAUAAGAAGGACACAUUUGGGAGGACCCCUUUGCACUAUGCGGCUGCUAACAAGAGGUAUCAGUGUGUGGUGAUUUUAGUGGGAGCAGGAGCCGAGGUUAAUGAGCCUGACCAAACCGGCUGCACACCUUUACACUACUCAGCUGCAUCCACAGCUUUCUGCAGGGUGGAUCGAGGCCAGCAGAGUCCAGAAGAUGGAGAGAAGGAGUCAUUUAUGUGUGUGGAGUAUUUGCUGGAUAACGGAGCGGACCCAUGCCUGUGCAACUCUAAAGGAUACAGCGCUGUGCACUACGCAGCUGCCCAUGGCAACAAGCAGAGCCUUGAGCUGCUUUUGGUGAUGUCCUAUAAUAUAUCAGGAGAUGCAGAAAGCACUGGACCAGUCAGUCCCUUACACUUAGCAGCAGAGGAAGGACACUGGGAGUGUGUGAGUGUGCUGCUCGAUUCGGGCACGUGUGUGGACGUAUGCGACUCGGCGGGACGCUCGGUUCUCUACGUGGCCACUCAGAAAGGACACACUCGCUGCGUGGAGCUGCUGCUCAACCAGUCGGCAUCCUGUCUGCUCACUCAGCACUGCAAUAAGUGGUGUCCUCUUCAUGUCGCAGCUGCCAGCGGCCACACAGACUGUCUGCAGAUGCUUUUGUGCAGCGAGGAGGACGCCGACCUUCCAAAUGUCCCGGACACCAAGGGACAAACUCCUCUGAUGCUGGCUGUUCUGGGAGGUCACACUGACUGUGUCCUGUUGCUGCUAGACCGAGGGGCGUGUCCCGAUGCGAGAGACAGGAAAGGAAGAAUGGCACUGCACAGAGCGGCACUGCUCGGCUGGGAGGACUGUGUGACGGCAUUGCUGUCCCACAAUGCCACAGUCCUGACUAAAGACAUUCAGGGCUGCACUGCACUCCACCUGGCUGCUUCCUGCGGCCACGCUGAGAUCCUGUCCCAAAUGUUGUCUGCUGCUGACCACACUAACCUGCACCAUCCGAUCACUGACUGCCACGGCUUCACCCCCACACACUGGGCAGCAUAUCACGGUCAUGAAGACUGUUUGGAAGUUUUACUUGAAAUGAAACCAUGUAGUAUCAAGGAGGGAAACCCCUUCACCCCACUGCACUGUGCUCUAAUUAAUGGCCAUAGUGGUUCUGCAGAAAUUGUCUUGAACUCCAGUUUUGGCAUGUCACUGGUCCAUUCCAGAGAUUCAAAAGGAAGGACUCCGCUCCAUGCUGCCUCCGUAGCCGAGGACGUCUCCGGGCUUCUGCUGAUUCUGCGAUUGGGGGCCGACAUCAACGCCGUGGACCACUCGGGGCGCUCUGCGCUCAUGGUGGCUGCCGACAAGGGCAAGAGCGGCGCUGUUGCCUUGCUGCUGCACCGAGCCAAAGCGGAUCUGUCUCUUCUGGAUGUGAACAAAAACACUGCCCUGCACCUGGCCUGUAGCAAGGCUCACGAGAUGUGUGCCAUGCUGAUCCUGAAAGAGAUCCACAACCCGAUUCUCAUCAAUGCAACCAACAGCAUGCUUCAAAUGCCUCUUCACAUCGCUGCCAGGAACGGCCUGGCCACCGUGGUUCAGGCUCUGCUGAAUCGUGGAGCCACAGUGCUGGCAGUCGAUGAGGAGGGUCAUACCCCAGCCCUGGCAUGCGCUCCCAACAAAGCCGUGGCCGACUGCCUCGCUCUCAUCCUCUCGACCAUGAAGCCUUCCUCCUCAAGCGGCUCCUCUUCCUCUCCCUCAUCCCCCAGGCUGAACCUGCUCAAGCAUUGUGGCAUCACAGCCGCCUGCCCCCCUUUGCCCAAUGGAGGCCUUCGCCACACCUACGGCAAAGACCGGCACGGCGCCACCUUCGGAUUGGACGGCUGUCUGACCGAGCGGGUGGAUCUCUUAUGCUGAAGCCGUGACCUUGCAGAAGAAUUUCCGUCCUGCCCCGAGGAACAGUUUAAACGGGUUACUGUAAACUAGCAUGAAGGUGUCGGCCUUGUAUUAGAUGGUCUCAAAUAGUUUGUGUGUGUGUGUGUGAGAGAGAGAUAGACUGUGUGUGUGUUUAGCAGUCCAACUAGAUUUCCAUCCCAUACUUGAUUCUUGCUUUUUAAGCUUGUGCAUUUGUAUGUCAGGUGCAAUCAAAAAUUCAGCACAAAAAAAAAAAAAAAACGAAGCAGAAAAUUUUUAUUUCUUUGAGACAAGGGAAAACCAUACAACCUUAAGCCAAAUGACCAAUGACCUCUGGGUUCGAAAAAGGUCACAAAUGGUGCAUGUUUACUGUAGGCAUUGUUUUUCUGUUUAGUUUUUUUUUUUUGGGGUGGGGAAGGAAUAAACUUGGGACAUUGCAAUAGGUUUACACAAUGCGAAUUUGUUAUUCCAGAUUGAAGAGAAGCACCAAGGUACCAUCAGUCAUCCUGUGUGACCAUGAACGUGGGGAAAAAACGAAAGCACAAGCACUGGAGUGAAAAUAGGGCCUUUUUCACAAACUGAUCCUCGCUCCUAGGGGACCACCUUUUUGUCUGGGGAAAGAAACAUUUUUGGGCCGGGGGGGUGUCUCCAUGUAGUGCUUUCCCAGCGGACCAUAUCUAAAUGUCUUUGCGUUGAGCUGCUUUUGCAGUGCCUUUUCAACAGGUUUUCUUUUUCUUUUCUUUUUUCGUUUCCACGUCCAUUCAGUCACCGUUCACAGCUUAUGUGGUGCUUCCUCAACAGACUAUUAACUUUUAGCCAUAUGAAACAUGAGUCUUUAUUUUGUUUGCCGAAGGGUCGCUUGGAAAUUCAUAUUUUGCUUUCUUGUUUCUUUUGGUUCUCUCCAUUGAGCUGUUUUUAGUCCAGCAGCUUUUUUCCGUCAUGGUGUUACGGCUUUAACUUCUGCUCUUCACAAGCUCCAACCACGGAUCAGCAGCUUUUUAUCAAGGUUUUCCCGCCGUCGGGUUCAUUUGGGUCGUUAGGAACUGUUCUGACCAAAGUCGCGGCGAAUCCGUAGCUUUCGCAAUCGGGCGGUAGCGGUACUUCAAAAACGUUCGGCCCGUCGUCCCUUGUUUUUUGUUUGUUUUUUUUCUGUCGUACUGAAUGCUUCCUUAUUGCCAAAGGUUGAUUAAUUGUUCGGUGUACAGACGUGCUUCCUUUUCUUUUUUUUCUUUUUCUUUACAUCAAAGUCGCAACAUUUUUCGGGAAAAAAAAACAUUAGGACCGGAAUAUUAUUCGCCGAUUCAAGACAUGCAAUAUUUGCGCAAUUAGUCACGAGACAAUCAGUCGAAAGGGCUUUUGUUUUUCCCAGAUUAUUAGAAAUAUUACAAAAAAAUUUCCAACGUAUUUGAGACCGCAGGGAAUCGCAAAAAGAGAUUGUGUGCGCCGUGAACCUGAAUUUGUACCCGAGUCUCACUGAAGCCAUGAGAACUGUUUGUUUUAAACCUAUAGCGCGAAGCUUUCGGUUCUUCCCGAUAUGAAUUCUCGAUGAAAUGGAUAUAGAUAGUCGCGAAGUGAUUUGUCGCUGUGCGCCGAACUAAUACAGGAGAACUGACCGAGUUCUAACAGUUCUGCAAUAAAAUCAUAAAUCAUAUACAUGAGUGGGAGGGAGGGGGAGGGGGGGUGGGGUCUAGUAGUAGUUUUCACCUUAAAAUUAAAACCUCAGCGCUCGUAUCUUGCGAACAAAUGCCUAUAAGACGGGUGAUUCUUCACAUUUGUUUGUAAUAAGGACACAUCAUGGGUGGACACAUCAGCGAGAUGAACACGCUCCAGCGGGCAGGUCCAUGUUUCGGACACUAAAAACAAAACACUGAUUAAAUGAAAUGGCAGUAAGUAGAGUGCAUUAAUAUGAAAGAGAUGGAGUGCGUGUGUGCGCACCACCGUUAAGUGCAUUAGGUUCAUGAAAAUUACUGAGGAAUGUUUUUUUUUGCUUUGUCAGCAACUUUCAAAUAUCCAAGCAUGAGACCUUUUUGUCCCGUGGUUGUCCACCUUUGACUGUCCUUUCCAAGUGGAGCAUAAAAUAAAUGUCCCCUUUGUUCCUUUGCUGUUCACAUGCAGCUGUAAAGUGCGUGUGUGUUUGUGUGUGCGCAAACACCCGCACUAUCCUCAUCGAGUGUGUGGUAGAGAAUGUGGCUGUAUCAUUUAGGUUUUUUACUUUAGUCUGGAAUAAAGGAAGUGAAUUAA